AUGACCCAGUUUGACGUCGUCGAGGCGUCCAUCGCAGACCUCCGCGCCGCCCUUGACGCUGGCAAGGUCACCAGUGUGGGCCUUGUCUCUGCUUACCUCCGCCGCAUCGCAGCGUACGACCAUCACGGCAUCAAGCUCAACUCGGUGCCCAUCCUCUCCAGCACGGCAUUCGAUGAGGCCCGCGCAUCGGACCUCCGCCGUGCGCGGGGCCAGACUCUCUCCCCGUUGGACGGUAUCCCCUACACUGCCAAAGACUCGUACAAGGCCGCUGGCAUGACGGUCGCCGCCGGCUCUCCAGCGUUCAAGGACCUUGUCGCAGGCGAAGACUGCUUUGUGAUCGGUCGCCUCCGCCAGGCUGGUGCGAUUCUGCUUGGACGAACCACCAUGCCACCCUUGGCCAAUGGUGGAAUGCAGCGUGGCCUGGACGGCCGCGCUGAGAGUCCCUUCAACGCCGCCUUUCUCACUUCAGCCUGGGCGAGCGGCUCGUCGAACGGUUCGGGCACUGCAACGGCGGCGAGCUUCGCGGCGUUUGGCCUUGGGGAGGAGACGUGGUCUAGCGGACGUGCGCCCGCCAGCUGCAACGCGCUGUGUGCAUACACGCCAAGCUGGGGUGUCAUCUCCGUCCGCGGCAACUGGCCUCUCGUGCCAACCAUGGACGUUGUCGUCCCGCAUACGCGCACCAUGGCUGACAUGUUGACGGUCCUGGACGUGGUUGUGGCCGAUGACGCCGAGUCACGCGGUGACUUUUGGCGCACCCAGCGUUGGGUCGACAUUGCCCCCUCGUCGACUCUUCGCCCGAAAUCCUAUCCGGCACUCGCCGCCAGAAGCAACCAGACCCUUGCUGGUGUUCGUAUCGGCCUGCCCCGUUGCUACCUGGGACGCAACCCCAAGAUCCCCACACGACCUUCAGUGGUCAGUCUCGUCAAGGCAACAACGGCGCGCCUGGAGGCACUCGGUGCCCAGGUGAUUGAGUGCGACCUGCCUGUCGCAACGGCGUACGAGCUCGCCAACCCUGACAACCCCAAAGAGUGGUUCCAGGGUGGCAUUGCCGACCACGGCUAUGUCCCGCGCGAGUUCUUUAAAGCUGAGCUUGAGGAUUUGAGCGCCUUUGCGCUCGAGGACUUUGUCACUGCUACAGCAGAGCACCCAGACGCCCAAGGCCCUCGGUCCUUUGCCCACGUCGACCCCGCGCUUGUGUUCCCCUUGCCCGUAGGCCAGAUUCAAAGCGAUUACGGCGACGACAUGGAGAUGGGCACCUACGUCAGCAUCGUAAAGGACGGUGUCCGACAGCCGGCUGAUAUCGAACACGUCGCGGAGGGCAUCAAGGGGUUGGCGCGUGCCAGGGCAGAGUUGCUGGAUGCGUGGAUGGACUCGAACGGUUUUGCAGCACUCGCGCUCCCUACUCUGGCAGAUGUAGCGCCUGCCGAUGCCGACCUCAAUCCUGUUAGCCACGCCUUGGCCGUCCGCAACGGUACCUGGGUCGCAAAUGGAAACCUUUGGGUCCGACACCUUGGCGUCCCCACUGUCACCGUGCCAAUGGGCCUCGCAGACGACAUUGGCAUGCCCUUUGGUAUCACAUUCGCCGGCCGCGGAUGGGACGACACGCGCCUUCUCGAGCUCGGCGCUGCCCUCGAAGCCGCAUCUCCCAAGCGUCCAGUUCCAGGACGCACGCCUGUGUUGGCCCCUGUACCCGUCCUUUCAUCGUCGCCGCCUGCUGCAAGCACAUCGGCUGCCUCGGCGCUUGACCUUGACGUCGAUGUCGAGUACACCAACGACUCGUACGUGACAUACAACAUCCGCGGCCGGGCACCAGGUGCCAUCACAAGCGCAUCAAUCACCAUCAAUGGCCAGCCGGCAGAUGUCAAGCUAGACGGUGCAGCGUCCUUCACGGCCCAAGGCUCGGUACCGGCCGAAUCUCUUCAGUCCCUCUACUCUGCGUGGCGUCCACCGUACGGUACCAUGGUGAUUGCGACUGUCACCACAUCCGACGGCGAGUACGGUGCAUUGCGUGUGAUGGGUUCGUUGUAG